CCUGUUAUGCUUGAAUUGAAAAGGAUAUCAUACUCUUAGGAUAUGAAAUAAGCACAGCACCUAUUUCCACUGGAAUAAAAUGAUGACUUGGGAAGAAGGUGCCAUCAAAUCAUCCUCUUUAGCCCAGUCGAUCUGCCUAGGAUAUUUGACAGAUACCAUCUUUUGAGAGUCAACUAGCUAGACAGAGAAUGGAGAUAUAUUUGGAAGAUCUUUCUUGUAAAACAGAAAAGGUUAUGAAAUAGGGGAUUUGUCUUUGUUAUAGGCACUUGAAAUUGUAUAUUUUUAGCUGAGAGGAAAACAGAACAUAGCUUCAUGUCUUUUCCUGCUACCUUAUGUAUUGAGUUAAUGCAUCAUUAUAUUAAGUAACUGCCUAAAUCCUAAAUGAUAAAAUGAUUCCUUCAUGUAUCCCAAAGGCUUGAUGAAGAGUUCAGUUGAGCAUUCACCUCCGUGGAACUCUAGGGUCUUGCAAGGUCAAGAAAAAGCUGUAAAUGCUUAUGAAGAGAAUGCCUUGAGACGACCUCAUGAUUUGCGUCAACCACCACAGCGAAAGCUUAGAUGGAGGCCAGGACAAGUUAGAUUGGAGAAUCAGCAGCAUAAUUAUAUUCUUGAUCCGUGGUUAGACUUUAUUGGAAAGGAAGUUCAUGGCACAAGUCCUUCCAGUAAUGGAUUUUCCAAUUUACAGUCUUCAAAAAUACCAUCCUUUGCAAGUGAAUCUUUGUCUAUUCCAAAGAUUGUCGAUUACAGAAAUUCAAAUUCUAAAGGUAAUGUAGAGUCAGAAGUUAUGGGGAUCCAACCCACUGGUGGAAGCAAAUUAAAGCUAUUUGGAGUGGAUAUACUAAAUGGUCUUGAGUCCACUUCCCCACAUGGAAGUGAACUUGCACAUUUUGGUGCUUUUCCAGCAGCUUCUGAGACCGUUAAUUUUCUGGAACAGAGUAAAAACACUUCUGGCGAUUCAGACACCCAAUGCAGGGAAAGCAUUAUUCGCAGUUGCACAAAGGUACUCAAGUAUGGAUGUGCUCUUGGAAGAUCUAUAGACAUGUCACGUGUAAAGGGGUAUGGGGAACUCAUUUCUGAACUCGACAAGCUGUUUGGAUUUGAAGGGUCUCUUCUGGAUGGUAGCAAGGAUUGCGAUUUCCAGGCCAUGGUGCGAAAGAUGUUUAUUUGUUCAAUAGGAGCUGAUUACCUGGCUGACAGAAGCUUCUGAAACUAAAUAGUUAGCUCACUUUCAUCUCUUCAACUGAAAAAAAUGCUUAGGGAUCACAUAGUCAAUCACAUUGAUCUUUUCGGGUCACAUACUCAUAAAACACUGAUCUACUAGUAUGUAUCAGAAAAAAGCAAACUGAAUUAUUUGCCUGUUAAGUUGAUGUAUUUUAUGAAUAUCUUCUGUGAAGCGGGAGCUUAUACCUCCAUGCUUGAUAAAUAAUGUGGGAUGACACCUUUUGCCAUCAUCUUUAUGUAUUUG